UUGUUAUACUCAGCCUCGCGGCCACGUAUGUGUUCUUUGAGUUGAAACUUCAGCGCUAGGAGGACGUGGGACUUGUAAUCUGUGGAAAUAAAGAGACCUCGAUAAAACGGAUCAAAAUUGAACAAUAGUAAUGAAAAUCUGACGUAGUUGAAUGACUGGGAUAUCCGUACGUCACCGUGGUGUUGGAACUAGUUCGUCGGAUACGUCACAGUUUUGAUAAUAAGACACGCGUGUAACACUUCUUAAUCGGAAUUAUGCCGAUGGCCAGGGACGUCGCCGCAGGACUUCCGGUCAAGGAUUCGGUUCUGGAACUUCGAACGCGAAUGUCCCGUUUGCUCUCCAUGGACGAGAUAACGUCGCCGAAUUACUCGAUGGCGGGCCAAGACCCUAAGUGGCAAAAAGAUGCGGCGGAUCAGAACUUCGAUUACAUGUUCAAGCUGCUGAUAAUCGGCAAUUCUUCAGUCGGCAAGACGUCCUUCCUGUUUCGAUACGCCGACGAUUCGUUCACCUCAGCCUUCGUUUCGACCGUCGGCAUUGAUUUCAAAGUGAAAACCGUCUUCAGGCAUGACAAGCGAGUCAAGCUCCAGAUCUGGGACACGGCGGGUCAAGAACGGUACAGAACAAUAACAACCGCCUACUACAGAGGUGCGAUGGGUUUCAUACUGAUGUACGAUAUAACAAAUGCGGAAUCGUUCAAUUCCGUACAAGAUUGGGUGACGCAAAUAAAAACUUAUUCGUGGGAUAACGCCCAAGUUAUACUGGUUGGUAACAAAUGCGACAUGGAGGACGAGAGAGUCAUAAGUUUCGAAAGGGGCAAACAACUGGCGGAUCAAUUAGGCGUACAAUUUUUCGAGACAUCGGCGAAAGAGAACGUCAACGUCAAGGCGGUGUUCGAGCGAUUGGUGGACAUAAUAUGCGACAAGAUGAGCGAAUCUUUGGACACCGACCCGAGUCUGAUGGGGAGUGGAGGUGCGGGUGCGGGUGCGAAGGGACAACGACUCACCGAUCAACCUAGCAACCCUGCGAGUGCAAAUUGUAACUGCUAAAGAAAGAUAUUAGUUGCAGCUGCAGGCUAUACAUGUUGAGUGCCGACGUUAGUUGGCUAGUCCACCAUCUUCGUCGUACAUUUUAAUUUCAUUUAACCUUGUUUUUUGAUAUUUAUUUUCAUCCGUUUGUUGGAUAUUUUUUUCAUUUUUUGUUCUCUGUUUUUCACCGUACAACUUACUAGUUAAUUCAUAAAUGCAUACUAGUUAAUUUAGUGAGGUGAUUAUUCCGACCCCGCGCGUUUAAUUAUCCGUCUAUACUAUUAUGGUGUUCAAAUUCCGAUUUUCGUAAAAUUAUUUAUUUUCUUAACAAUAUCUGUAUAGUUGUUAUUAUAUUAUGAUAUUCAUAAUCGAAUCGGUUUUCUCACGCGAACGCGUUAAAAUUCUGUGUGUAGAAUAAAUUAUGUAUAAUUAUAUGAUAUAUGAUACGAGGAGAAUGAACUGAAAAGAAAGGAAGAAAAUCGUCAAAAAUUGAGAGCCUAACACAAUCAGAUUUAUAAAUUAGAAAAGACGAAAAAAAAUAUUAGUACAUUACAUUACGCAAUUAUAAUUAGUUGGUUCUUCGUAACCUGAAUUAAUGCCCUUGAAUGUUGAUGAAUCUAGAAAAAAAAAAAUUAAUGUUGUAGAGAAAUUCGUGAAUAUUAUUCUCCAUCGUAUGAUAUUUAUGACUAUUAGAUGAACAAAAAAGACAAGUUGACAUAUUUGAAGGAAUAAAGAACAAAUUAUUUUUGUUUCAAGGCUUAUAAUGAUUAUUAUAUAUAUAAUAAUGUGUAUAUGUACAAUAAAAUAGGUUUGCAUAUCUGAGUUCUGCAUAUCGUGCUGGAAUUUGAACACCUCACCGAAUGGAUAAUUGCGUGCAUAGUAUAAUUGGUGAAUAGAAAAAAUUGACAAAAAAAAAAAUUGAUCAAUCAUAUAAAUCACAACGUAAAGUUUCUGGAAUAGCAGUACGGCUAUGUGUGCACAUGAAUGAAAUAAUAGUUGAAAAUAUAGGAAAUAUCGAGGGAACCAAAUAAUGAUCCUGCAACCAUGACGAUAUAAAUAAUUAUAUAAUUAUUAUAUAGACGGAUGUAAAAUACGAACGGAGAGAGUUGAAAAAAAGAGGGGAAAAGAGAGAAAAAGGUAACGAAAAAAAAAAAGGGAAAGCCUCAAUUAGUAGAAUGAAUUAUAGAAUAUGGCUACGUGUACAAAACUAAGUAUACGUAUACAAUUCUACGUGUCAAUUAAACGAAUUUGACUUUGUCUGUUUUACACCAUAAAUAAUUAAAACGUUCGAAAAAUUUGUCAUAUUAAUUGUAUGUAAUUAAUAUCGGUACUCGAUAGAAAUUCUUUUCUCUUCAAGAAACAAUGGGAAUUACGUAAUUAUUCGUAUUCCCCACAAAGGUAAAAUAGAUGACAACCGAUCAUUAACAACAUACAAAGAGCAUAAAUGCGAGCAUAAAUUUUCUUUUCUUUCUUACACCGUAAUGUUAUUCCAUAGGCUGUAUAAUUAUAAAUGUAUAUUAUUUCGUUGUUCUUCGAUCACCGACCCAAACCUUACCCACCCCUUCCCCUCAUCACUAGGAAAAACUACUACCCUCUGUAAAUAAGAUAUAAUAUUAUUGAUUCUGUAAUGAAAUAUGUAAUGUAUAACGCGUUACUAUAUAUAUUAUAAUAUAAUUAUCCGUGUGAAUUAUAAAAAAAAGGGUCCAUUCCAUGGCGCGCAGGAUAAAACCCAUCGCAAAUGAAACAAAACCAAAAAAAAAACAAUUUUGAAAAAAAAGUAAUUGAAAUUGAACAAAAAAUAUUAUAAACAUAUAAGCACCGCGCUUGACAUCGCGUUUCUAUAAUCGAUUCGCCAUGUCGAUGACGAUGGCGAUGAUGACGAUGACGACGAUUAUAAAGCUUUCGAUAAAGGCAACGUUUUGAUCGUGUUAUUGAAUUGUGCUAAAUAUAGGUAUGUUAAAUCGGUUGAAUCGGGAUGAAAAAAAACACAUACAGGAAGAUGAAAGAAAAUGAAUAAUAGCUAUGAUAAUAUUAAUAUUAAUGAAUAAUAGAUAAAUUUCCUACAUUUUAUGUCAAAACGCCGUUACUAAUAUUAUAUCAAUUAUAUUAUUAGUCUGAUGUGGUAUGUAGCGAAUAUAAAUCUGAAAUAGCGUGGCGAUAAUCCAGAGAAGUAAAAAAAUCAACGUAUAAAACAAAAAAAUUCGUACACCUACCGAUUUAUUUUCAAACACUUAUGAUAAGACCAUUCAUUAACACAUUCCUCUGUUCAGUGUAAAAUAUUAUGAAUCAAACUUGCAAAGAUUGAUAAAGUUUCGAUUCGUCAUUACGAGAAAGAACAAAAAAAAAGAAAGAAAUUCAAAUAAUAUUGAGAAUUUUCACACCGAAUUAUAUUUCGUGUCGAAUAAGUCAGAUCUGUAAAUACGUUACUUGCAGGGCAUUAGUUUUAAAUUUUCUAUUUAUUCAGAUACGCAUAGGUAUACAAAAGAAAGACAAAGGAAAAAUUGAAAAAUAUUCGUUUUCAUUUUAUUAAUUUUUUUUCAAUUAAAGAAAAAACACGAAUAAAAAGAAUUUCUUAUUCACGAUCAUUUUCGUCAUCCUACGGAAACACGAAACAUAGAAAAGAGCAAAAAAGCACACACAGAAACAAAAAAUAAAUGAAAAUAAAAAAAGUUUGAUCAGAAAAGCCGGUGGAUGGGCACUGUAUGUAUGUAUUGUAUCGUAUGUAACUAUUAUGCCUAAUAAUAAUAAUCCAUUACUGGGACUCGAAAAUCGUAUAAGAAAAUUGAAAAAAAAAAAGUUACGUUGAUCGUUUAUAAUAAAUAAAUGUAGUAUAUAUGAAUAUAAAAGUUAAUGUUUUCAGUGCUGUCUACACAAUAUUAUAUAGAAGACAACACUGUCGAGAAGAAAAAAAAAAAUAAAAGUGUAUAAUAAUUUAAA